CUCGCGCCGCACACGCACGAGAACAUGAUGAGGAACGCAAGGACACUGCAGCGGCUCGUGCGCUUUGUGCCCUCCGCGCGCGCACACCACUGCCCCCCGCGUGCGCCGUCUGUGGGACUCGUGGGCGCCCCGUUCAGCAAAGGACAGCCUCGUCCUGGGGUGGAUCAGGGCCCAUCUCGGAUCCGUGAGGCUGGACUGGUGGAUCUACUGCGGGCACAAGGUUGUGCGGUGAAGGACUUCGGGGACCUGGAUUUUGAGGUGUUUCCUGACGAUGCUCCUGUGGGAAGAGUCAAGAACCCGCGCGCCGUCGGCAGCGCCACACACAGGCUGUCCCAGGCAGUGCAGGCCAUCAAGAAAGAGGGACACACAGCCGUGAUGCUGGGAGGAGACCACAGCCUGGCUCUUGGCUCGAUCCACGGUCACUCCUCCGCUGUAGGAGACCUGAGUGUGGUUUGGGUGGACGCUCACGCAGACUUAAACACUCCUCUGACCUCUGGGACGGGGAACCUUCACGGUCAGCCGCUCAGCUUCCUCCUCCAUGAGCUCCGGGCCAAGGUCCCGCCCCUGCCCAACUUCUCGUGGGUGACUCCGUGCCUUCGGGCCAAGAACCUGGUUUACAUCGGGCUGCGUGACGUGGAUCCCGGAGAACACUUCAUCCUCAAGGAGCUCGGGGUCAAGUUCUUCUCCAUGAGUGAAGUCGACCAUCUGGGAAUCGCCAGGGUGAUGGAGGAGACCAGCGACUAUCUCCACAGCAAGACGCAGAGGCCGAUUCACCUGAGCUUCGACGUGGACGCACUUGACCCCUCUGUGACCCCGGCCACUGGGACCCCUGUGACCGGAGGACUGACCUACAGGGAGGGAACCUACAUCACAGAGAGUCUGCACCAGACCGAUCUGCUCUCAGCCGUGGACCUGGUGGAGGUGAAUCCCUGGAGGGCGGAUUCAGAGGGCGGAGUCAGGUCCACAGUGUCGGCGGCGGUCGACCUCAUCCUCGGCUGCUUUGGACGGCGCCGAGAGGGAAACCACGCCAACGAAUACCAACUGCCUGAGCCCUGAGCCAAUCAGAGCUCAGAAUUCACCGGGACUAAACCGGAUCUAGAACUGAACCAGGUUUUAAACAGGACUGCUGUGAUUUGCAAUUGUUAGAUAGGUCAAAAAAUAAUAUAUUAUUUUUGACAUAAACUGAGCCAAAAGUAACGUUUAUUGAGAUAUUUAAGGAAUGUGACACAAAAGAGGCACUUGUCCUGAUUUAACCAAAGAUCAGUGCUAAAUGUUUCCUUUUAUGUUUUAUAUUAAAUGAUUUUAAAAUGAGAAAUCAGACAUUACCAAAGAAUAAAGUCGUGUUUAUAUAUAUAU